AUGGCAGGUGCAAGCACAAGCGUCAGCUUCGGAGGCAGUAAUACAGGCUUUCUGGUGGGCGUAAACUCGGGUUCCAUUCAACACAACGAGUUCCACCUUCCCCCGGAGCGACCGGAAAGCCGACCUCAGCCUUCCACGAAUGUGCCUUUCCGGCGCAAUAGAAACUUUGUCGAACGUGCCGGUCUCCUGGACCAACUCGACAAGAGACUCUCCAUCGCUGGGGGGAGAGUCGCUCUGGUUGGCCUUGGUGGCAUCGGCAAGACACAACAAGCCGUGGAGUACACAUAUCGAGUGCGGCAGCGAUCGCCCGAUACGUGGGUACAUUGGAUCAAUGCGACUUCCCGCGCGCAGUUCGAACAGAGCAUCCGAAGCAUUGCGGAUCGAGCGCGCAUCGAAUGGCGCGAUGAUCCGAAUGCGGACGUGUCGCAGCUGUUUAGGGUUUGGCUUGAGGAUACUCGGAAUGACCGAUGGCUGGUCAUCUUGGAUAAUGCCGACGAUGCAGGCUUUCUCGUGGAGCGUCCACCGGCGGAGCAAGGACUCGUUACCCGUAGCCUGUUCGAUUGUCUGCCGGUUUGCGAACAUGGCGCGGUCCUCAUCACGAGUCGAAGCAGAAGCGCGGCUUUGAAACUCGUGGAACACGACGAGAUUGUUCGCAUUGACCCAAUGCACGAGGAAGGUGCUGUGGUAUUGCUAGGCCAAAAGCUCGGCGAUGAUACUGAAAUAGCACCGUUGAAAGAGCUUGCGGCCGCGCUGGAGUACAUCCCGCUGGCCAUGAUACAGGCAGCUUCAUAUAUCAAGCGCAGAGAAUGGAGGAGCUCGGUGCAAGACUAUCUCCGCGAACUACAGCGCAGCGACGAGUCGCAGACGAUGCUCUUAGACGGUGAAACGGAUACGGUCGUUAUGCGGACGUGGCUGGUCUCUUUUGAGCAUAUCUCGCGCACGAGGAAAUCAGCAGCGGAUCUGUUGUCCAUCAUGAGUCUGUGCGACCGCCAGGGUAUCCCUGAGCUUCUACUCCGCGGACAAGACAAUGCAGAGAAGCGCAGGAAAUUUGAUGAGGACAUCGAGGCCCUGCUCGGAUUCUCCUUUAUUGGUGCACAAGUGAGUUCCGACGGCACAACGUUUGAAAUGCACAGACUCGUGCAACUGGCCACGCGAAAAUGGAGAGCGGCGUGGAGUGAGCUGAACGGGGACGUCGAGGCGUUCGUCUGCAAGCUGGACGACACGUUCCCCCUAGGGGCAAAAGAUGGCGAAAACUGGGAUGCAUGUCAGGCAUGGUUGCCGCAUGUAAAGUCAGCCAUGGGGUUUGCGCCAGACAGUCGGGAUGGGCGGCUUCGAUGGGCAUCAGCGAUGAGCAAAGCGGCCGAGUAUGCCUCGAGCAAGGGCGGAAUCUUCAUGUGGAGUCAAGCAACAGAAAUGACAGAGCGAUGCUGGGAGACGAGGAAGGCUUUACUUGGAGAGCAGCAUCGGGAUACGCUGGUGUCGAUGAGGGUACUCGCGGAUUGCUACGCCUGGAAUGGAGAGUACAAGAAAUCGGCCGCCGUGCGAGAGCAGUGCUUGAAGAUGCAGGAAAGCACGCUUGGCGAGCGGCACAGGGAGACCCUUCUAACGAUGAGUGCAAUCGCACGGGCGCACAACGAUCUCGGAGACUAUGAGCGGGCCAAGCAUAUGGCAGAGCGAUGCUGGAAGAUCGCGAGAAAGGAGUUCGGUGAGAACGAUGGGCAAACGCUUCAAGCGAUGACCCGGCUCGCAUGGAGCUAUCACUGUCUAGGAGACGAUAGAACGGCUGCGGAGCUGGGAGAGAGAUGCUGCGAGAUGGCCGCGAAAGAGCUCGGGGAGGAGCAUAUAAUCACGCUUGACUCGAUGGGGGCGCUGGCAGUCUUCUACAGUGCACUGGGAGAGUCUAGGAAGGCCGUGGAAAUGGGCGAGCAAUGUCUGAAAAUUCGAAUCGAAAGAUUCGGAGAAGACCAUCCGACCACGCUGUUGGCGAUGAUGAAUCUGGCAGACUACUACUACCACCUCGGAGACAGCAGGAAGGCCAUCGUGACCGGAGAGCGAUGCUGGGAAAUGCAGAAGAGGAAGCAGGGCGACAAUCACCCGGGCACGCUUGGAACGAUGGGGAAUUUGGCGGUUUACCUGCGGGCUGACGGUCAAAUUGCGCCUGCUACCCUGCUCCUUGAGGACUGUGUUGCGCGAUCAACUGCCAAGCUGGGAAGCGACUAUCCCAUCACCGAGAUGCGUGUUUCUCUGCUGAAAGAGUGGCAGCAACCAACACCGCGACAACGGCUGCGAGAUCGCUUUCGGCGAAUGCUUAAAUAGCCACAGAUGGAAGUCCUCAAUCCUCCUCUUCUUCUUCUUCCUCCUCACUCUCCCCCUCAUCCGUCCCCUCCAACUCCUCCCCGGCAACUCCAGCCCCCCUCCUCAUCUCCCCCAACACCUCC